AUGGAUCCAGCAACUUUAAUAAAGAAAUUGGUAGUCAUUACUGGUGCCUCAAGUGGAUUUGGUGUUGAACUUGCAAAGUUAUUCUCUGCAGCUGGUCACCCUCUAUUGCUUGUUGCUCGUCGACUUGAACUUAUGCAAGCAUUGAACUUGCCAAAUACCAUUUGCACUAAAGUAGAUGUCACCGAUUACAAGGCAUUCGAAGAUGCCGUCAGAGAUGCUGAAGCAGUCUACGGACCAACCGAUCUAUUGAUUGGCAAUGCUGGUGUCAUGAAGCUUGAAAAGGUAUGGGAUCAAGAUCCAAAGGAAUGGCAAGAGAUGCUCAAUGUCAAUGUUUUAGGUGUUAUGAAUGGAAUGAAGAUUGUUCUCAAAGAUAUGAUGGCUAGAAACUCUGGUACCAUCAUCAACAUCUCUUCUGUUGCUGGUAGAAAAGCUUUUGGUAAUCAUGCUGCUUAUUGCGGAACUAAAUUUGGAGUACAUGCAAUUUCAGAGACAGUAAGAGAAGAGGUAUGUGCUACCAAUGUACGUGUGUCUGUGGUUGCACCAGGUGCUGCCGAGACUGAACUUCUUGGUCACACUUCCAAUGACUCGAUUAUCGAAGGUUACAAAGCUUGGAAACAAACCAUGGGAGGAAAGUCAAUGGAUGCCGUCCACGUUGCCACCUCUUGUAAAUUCAUUUAUGAUCUUCCACAAGAAGUCAAUCUCAGAGAAUUGGUUAUUGCUCCAACCAAACAAAAUGGCUAA